GUUGCCAGAGCUACAGUGAGUUGCAUGACCUGCUGGUGUGUCUUGUGUUACUGGUGACAGGGAGAACAAAAGACGAGAGGAGGAGAGAGAGAGAGAGCAGGUGUAAAGGAACAACUCACAGACAAUCCAUAAACAGACAAUUGCUCUGCUACCUUUCCCUACUGUGGAUGGGACCAUGUCCUGCACCUCCAAUGAGCAACAGGUAAAGGCAGAGCUGGGGAUCUGAGAAGGGAAGGGAAAGACAUUCAGCUUUCAUUGCAGCUAAACAAAGCAACAGGUAAAAGAGAACAAACACACUCAGGACGAUGGCUGCAGCUUAGACGAGACCCUGAAUGCUGGGGACACUGGUUUGGAUUGGAUCUGCUAGUGCUGUAACCCAGGGAAAGACUCAGCAGUCUCUUAUUCAAAUGCAGCCGGUGUCCUACAAUGUAUUGAGUGGAGAAGAAUGACGUCCAUCAGCUACACAACUAUGGUGAACGUUAAGGAAAAUAUAACAUUUGCUUAGAUUUUAAUAAGUAUUUUUCGAAAUAUUGAACCAAAGGGAUUGAAAAGACUUCAAAGAUGGCAAACUCUCAAGUGAAAUGCUUGGAAGAUGAUCAGCAAUUUGUUGAUAUAACUGAGACAAGCCCUGAUUUUUAUUACUCGGAAAAUCAAAGGACAGCCAUGGAAACUCUUAUUUCCUCUGGAUCCCAGGCUUUUGAAAACUUUAUUAAAAAGGAAAGAAUUCGCCAAUUUUUGUCAAAGGAAGAAAUUGCUGCCAUUGUGAAUUCAGUGACUGAUUCUCAGCUGGGUAAACUGGAACUGGAAGAUGACGCUGAGCUUGAUGAAGAUGUGAGUGUAAGUUAUUGGCCUGCAAGAACCGAUGUGCCAACCCCCAUGUUGGAACUGGGUUGGCCUGAAGAAGGUACAUGGAAAGGAAUCACUAGAGCGGAACUGUACACACACCCUCCUACUAAUAAUGCUCCUCACAUCAAGGUGGUGGUUAGAAGAACUAUACAAAAAGCUACAAAGGUUAUAGCAGUUGUCAUGGACCUUUUCACAGAUCCAGAUAUAUUUUUGGACUUGCAUGAAGCAGCCACAAGGCGCAAGGUCCCGGUCUAUAUUAUACUGAGCCAAAGCCAUCUUUCUUCUUUCCUGCAUAUGGUGGAAUCGACUGGAGUCAAUGUCAGAUUUACUGAGAAUAUGCGGGUGCGAGUGGUAUCGGGAUGUACCUACAACACAAGGCAGUUAAAGCAAGUCACGGGAAGUGUUAAAGAGAAAUUCCUGUUAGUGGAUAGUGACACUGUAAUCACUGGAACAUAUAGCUUCACAUGGAGCGAUUCACGACUGGAAAGAAACUUGAUCACUCUCCUAACUGGAGAAAUAACAGACUCAUUUGAUGAACAGUUCCGAACUCUGUUUGCUUCCUCAAGGCCUCUACAGAGAUACGAUUCUGCCAAAGACUCCAGCAGAGAGGCCAUUCGAAUUGCACAAGAACCUUUACCUCCAUUACCAGCUCCCAAGGAGGUUGACAUGGUCAAUAAUGCCAAGCCUUCACUGGAAGUACAAGAACCCUAUACAAAUGGAUUCUCUUCACCACAGAAGUUUAACACCAGUGGGGCAUUACAACCGAUAGAUGUCAUGUCAACUCCUUUAGUUACCUCAUUUGUAGGGGUUCCAUUAUCCAAAAGUGUUAAUAAGAUAGCAGAACGACGGACGAUAGUCCCACCUGUGAUAAAUAUUACAGGGGCAGAGGCUGGAUUUAAUCAGACAUCUGAUCGCCUUCAGGACUCUUCAGUUAAAGCCAAAGAAACCGUUAAUGUGCCUGACAUAUCUAUUCGGCAUCGCUUAGCUGCCUGCCAGAAUUUUGAGGGACCUACAGUAAAUUUACGAAGUGCACAAGAAUCACACAGUGCCCUCAGCGACAUUCUUAAGAAUGUACAAUGUUCCAAACCAUCUGUUGCCAAAACCACAGGAGGCAGACCUAGCAAAUCUCUCUGGGAUCUUACACAGUUGUCCCAAAUGCCUGGCUAUGGCGGAGAAAUGGAAGUCGGGGAAGAUGCAAAGCAUUCUAAAAGCCGAUGGCUUUCUACGGACACCCCUGCCAUGCUGCUGAUGCGCCACAGAGCAUUUCCAAGUGAUGACCCAAGAUCCCGUGAACAUUCUAACCAUGGUUCACCAGGAUUUAAGCCAUCAGCUGUGAUCACCCCCACAAGACUACAAGGGCAGCUCACAUAUGGGGCUUCCAACAACUGGUUUAACUCACCAAGAUCAGGACGAACACUCUACUACUCAUGAUUUUAGUAGCUUCAAUUUCUACUAUGAAAUUCAUUUUAUGUUUAUGGACACCAGCGCUGGGAGAACCAUUUUAGAAUGGAAAUUUUAAUGGAAAAACUAUCCAUUUCAUGUUUGAGUAUGAACAUCUAAAAUUAGCAAUAUUUAACAACCUACUGUUAUAUCUGUUUAUGUAUCAGGCUUGAUAAAUUCAACCCAGCAUAUGGUCUGAAACAGGGAGAUUUCUUCAGAGUCAUUCUGAAUGUAAAUUAAACUGCUUUUCUUGUACUGAACAAAAGUGGCUACUUAAUCUAAUAAAUUAUCUUAUAAGUGGU